AUGACCUCACCUCCCCGCCUCGAAACGCCGUCGUUUUGUCCUUCUUCCUUUCCAGACUCGCACUGGGGCCAAAGAGUUUCAGACAGGGUGCUCUCACUCUACAACUCGCUCCCAAAGAAAGGGAAGCCUCAGGGCGGCGAAGUGACCGUUUUGGCCGCCUUCCUCCUCUCCUCUCCUCUCCAAGAAUUAGAAGUGGUAGCAUUGGGAACCGGGACCAAAUGCGUCGGCUGCUCACUCCUCACCCCCCGCGGCGAUGUCGUCAACGAUUCCCACGCUGAGGUCAUCGCUCGCCGCUCUUUGAUCAGGUUCUUCUAUGCACAGAUUGGAUGUGUUUCGCAAAUUUAUAGCGAGGAAAGAGAUGACAAUGCAAGCAAACGGUUGCGAAAUGAUGAUGCGAAAAAGUUUGUUUUCGAAUUGGAACCGGAUGGUGGUGGUGGAGAAAGGAAAUACGUAAUGAGGAAGGGUUGGAAAUUGCACAUGUAUAUAUCGCAACUGCCUUGUGGGAUUGCUUCGCCGAGUUCUCUGUUGUCUCCAGUGAAGAAUGUCUCACCUACUGGAGGCAUAAACAAUGGUGACGCUUCACAACUAAUUGGCACGGUUCAAAGAAAGCCUGGCCGUGGGGAUACAACAUUAUCAGUUAGUUGCUCUGACAAGAUAGCCCGUUGGAAUGUCGUUGGAGUUCAAGGAGCUUUGCUUUCCUUCUUUCUUCAACCAGUAUACCUUUCUUCCAUUACUGUUGGACAAUCCCCUAACAACUCUGAGAAGGUUCUUGUGGUUGAUUGUCUGAAACAAGCUCUGCAUGAUCGUGUCCUACCAUUAUCCAGUGAGCUGACCAGUCCUUUCCAAGUCAACCAGCCACUACUCUUGGAAGCUCCAAUGCCACCAAAGGAAUUUCAACAUUCUGAGACCGCUUUGACCACUAUAACAUGCGGGUAUUCAAUAUGUUGGAAUAAAUCUGGUUUGCAUGAAGUCAUUCUUGGAACCAUAGGAAGGAAGCAAGGCGCUGCAAAAGGGGCACGCAGUCCGUCUACUGAAUCCCCUAUAUGCAAAAAGCGGCUUUUGGAGAUGUUCUUGUCCCUAAGAAAUGAAUGCCCCACCAAAAUCCAUGUUAAUGAGAUUUCAUAUCGAGAAAUCAAGGAAAGGGCUUAUGAAUACAAUGCAACGUCAAAAGUUCUAAAAAGAACACAUACCUUUAGUAAUUGGCUAUUGAAGCCCCCAGAUUUGGAGACAUUCUCUGCUAUGGGAGAGUGAGUUUCAGGUUACUCAUUACUGGCUAGAAAGGGUUUCUACGAGCUUUGAGGAUAAGGAUAUCAUAUGAACUCAUGAGCUGUGUCCAAGUUACUAACUCAGAAAAUGUCAUUGCUUCACCUGUCUCUGCCUUCAAGAGCAUGUUGCUGCACAAAUGACACAUUUUUCUGGAGAAAUGUUUGAUGACAGAUUCAAGGUUAAUGUUGGCUCUCACACUUUCUAGUGCGAAUUGGUAUUAGAGCUCAGUUUGAUUUUCACCCUUCAAGCGGACAUGUGGAGUCUGAUAAUGUGGCUUAAGCCAUCUUGUGAUUGAUUGUAAAACACUCAACUAGGAGGUGUUAGAUGAAUUGUUCGAACAGG